AUGUCGCAGAAGCUGGAGGAGAAGGCACUGCCCUUUGGCAUCCAGCACACCAAGAGCCGCAUGGCCGAGCUGCUGGCUGCAGAUGUGGUCGUUGCUGCAGGUUCAGCAACCCUGAUCACCCCAGCCGUCAUGAUUUUCGACAGACUUGUCGUUGAGAAAUCAUUCUAUAACCAACCAAUGUUUCCUGCAUUCCGUCGACACCUCUGGUUCUCUAUCACACAACCCGCAACCUUCUUAACAUCUCGACCCAGCCUUCUCGUCUGGUCCCUCUAUACAGCAACCUUUGCAACGGCCAAUGCCACCGAAACCAUCCUGGGUAAAUGGUACCCAGAGAUCGACCACGCAAUCGCAGGCAUGACCACCUUCGCCACAACCUUUAUCGUCAACUCCUCAGUUGGCAUCUGGAAGGACGUGAAAUUCGCCCAAUUAUUCGGCCAACCUAAGACAACCACACCUACACCUACACCAGCAACAGCCCCAACACCAACCCCUACCUCAACACCAACCCAUACCACAACCACCACACCUAACCCAUCAACCACCUCAUCCACCUCCUCCACCCUCAAAACCGCCCGCUCAAUCGGCCGCACCCGCAUCCCAGUAGCAACCUACUCCGCCUUCCUCCUCCGCGACGGCCUCACCAUCUUCGGCUCCUUCAGCCUCCCCGCCAUGGUCUCCGCCUCCAUCCCCGACUCAAUCGCCUCCCAAGAAUAUCUCAAGAUCCUCAUCGCCCAACUCGCCAUCCCAGCCUCCAUCCAGCUCAUCAGUACCCCAAUCCACCUCCUGGGUCUAGACCUCUACAACAGACCCCAAGUCAUGCCUAGCAAAGAGCGCAUUGGCCGCGUGAGCCGUGACUGGAUCGGUGCCUCGCUGCUACGCAUGUGUCGCAUUAUCCCCGCUUUUGGAAUCGGCGGCUUCGUCAAUACCGAAGGAAGACUUUCUUUGCAUGAUCAGCUUGAUGGACGCCGUAAGGGUUCUUGA